UAGUAACUCGUAUGGGAUAUUGCAGAGAAGCAACAAAAAAUGACUUGGGUUCCCAAGCUGUUUUGCUUAGACUGUAACCCAAAGUUGACUUUGCAAAAACGACUUCCUGAACCCAGCAACAUGAUAUCUCCCAUUUUAUUAAUCCAGCCUCCCAAGUUCCUCCAAAUCGCAAGGUGCUAACUUUGCCACUGUUUCUAGAGAUCUUCAGCCCUCCGCUUCAAUCUCAAUUUUCGCUCUGCUUAAACUUUCACUGCAGGCCAUGGGCUCAUUCUGCAGUAUCUUUUCUUUUCUUCUUUCUUUUUCCUUUUUUAACCUAUGGCAAUCCUCAAACUUUAUUGAUGCUCAAGCUCAAGCCUAUGAUUAUCCAACUGCCACGCUUUCGACACAGUGGACGAAUAACGCAACAGCUAAUCAGUCCAUUCAAUAUACGGAUGGAUCGAUGGUGCGGUCAAUUCUGCUCCGAGCCAAAGAUGUUUAUGGGCCUGCCUACGCCUGCGGCUUCUACUGUAAUGGUAACUGCAGCACUUACCUCCUUGCUGUUUUCAUCGUCCAAGUUGACGGUGGUGGUUUAAUUGUUCAACCCAGUAUUGGGUUUCCACAAGUAGUGUGGUCUGCCAAUCGAAACAAUCCAGUAAAGAUCGGUGCGAUGUUAGAGCUCACUUCCGAAGGCGAUUUGGUGUUGAAAGAUCUUGAUGGUACUGUUGCUUGGUCCACUAACACUUCUGGUAAGUCCGUUGUAGGCUUGAACUUGACAGAUUUGGGGAGUCUCGAGUUGUUUAAUAAGAAUAAUGUGACAAUUUGGCGGUCUUUUGAUCAGCCAACCGACUCACUUGUCCCCGGACAAAAGCUGAUGGCUGGGCAAAGAUUGAUGCCGAGUGUUUCUGGGACAAAUUGGACUGUAGACAGUCUGGUCACCUUUUCCAUGAACAGCGGGGGUUUAUCUGCUCAAAUGGAGACUAGUCCUCCUCAGAUCUAUUUCCAGUAUCAUAUUGCUAAUCCAAAUUCAAGUAACAAGUCCCCAUAUGUUGAGUUUGUAAAUGGAAGCUUGGCUUUGUUCUCAGAUUCUACCACAAGUUUGUUUGCAAUUCCAGUCCCUGAAGCAUUUUCUGCACAAUACAUAAAGCUGGGCUCAGAUGGGCAUCUGAGGGUGUAUGAGUGGGUAGAUGGGUGGAAAGAAGUAGUCGAUCUUUUCAAGGGGUAUCUUGCGGACUGUGCUUAUCCAACAGUGUGCGGGCCGUAUGGAAUUUGCACCAAUGGGCAAUGUAGUUGUCCAGCUUCAAGUGGGGGAAUGAGCUAUUUCAAGCAAGUAGAUGAUAGGCAGCCUAAUCUUGGUUGUUCUGAGAAUGUCCCGUUGUCUUGUGGGGCUUCGCAAUAUCAUAGUCUUCUGGAGCUUGAAGAUGUCACGUACUUCACUUUCACUUCAGAUCUUGAGAAGAUAGAUGCUUCCAGUUGUAAAGAGGCCUGCUUAAAGAACUGUUCAUGCAAAGCGGCAAUAUUUCAGUAUGGAUCGAAUCCCGCCAGCGGCAGUUGUUACUUACCAACUCAGGUGUUUUCACUCAUGUACAUUGACAAGGGUAAAAUUUUCUAUAACUCCAUGGCGUACCUUAAAGUACAAAAUGUGGCCAAUCAAGCUCCCAAUACUUCGGUUGACAAUCGAAUGAGCAACCGUCUCCCUAUAAUACUUGGAUCCAGCCUCGGAGCUCUCUUUGCUAUGAUGUUUCUCAUCGUGGUUGUAGUUUUGUAUAUUCGGAAGAGAGAUGAUAAUGAAGCAGAGGAGGGUUACCUUGAUCAAGUAUCUGGAAUGCCCACAAGAUUCACAUACGAGGAUCUGAAAGCCGUUACAGAUGACUUUAGUGAAAAGCUUGGCGAAGGUGGUUUCGGUUCUGUUUUCGGGGGUACUCUAGCUGACGGAACAAAAGUUGCUGUAAAACGGCUGGAUGGUUUUGGGCAGGUUAAGAAAUCCUUUCUAGCUGAAAUUGAGACUAUCGGCAGCAUCCAUCAUGUUAACUUGGUAAGACUCAUUGGAUUUUGUGCUGAAAAAUCUCACAGGCUCCUUGUCUAUGAGUUUGUGUCAAAUGGGUCUCUAGAUAGAUGGAUCUUUCGCCAAUCCAAUGAAUGUGUUCUUAACUGGCAGCAAAGGAAGAAGAUCAUUCUUGAUAUAGCAAAAGGACUUAAUUAUCUUCAUGAAGAUUGCAGACAGAAGAUAGUGCACUUAGACAUUAAACCCCAAAAUAUCCUGUUGGAUGGGCAUUUCAAUGCUAAGGUUGCUGAUUUUGGAUUGUCCAAGUUGAUUGAUAGGGACCAAAGCCAAGUCGUCACAACCAUGAGAGGAACUCCUGGUUAUUUGGCCCCCGAGUGGCUGAGUGCAGCAAUUACUGAAAAGGUGGACGUGUAUAGCUUUGGCGUGGUGAUCUUGGAGAUAGUGUGUGGGAGAAAAAUCUUCGAUCGCUCUCUAGAUGAAGACGACAUGCAUUUACUGAGCCUUUUCAAGAGAAAGGCUGAAGAGGAACGAAUGCUGGACAUUGUGGAUAACUAUAGCGAGGAUAUGCAAUUAAAUGGGCCUCAUGCAGUGAAUAUGCUAAGGAUUGCUGCGUGGUGCUUACAGGGAGAUUAUACAAGGAGGCCUUCAAUGUCAACAGUCAUCAAGGUGUUAGAGGGUGUUUGGGAAGUUCAAGACGGCCUGGAUUACAACUUCUCUGCUCAGCCUUCCACUUUUGGAGUAGCAAAAGUCGGUCAAAUGGAAGUCGAAUUCAAUGCCACCACUGCAUUAUUGCCCUCCGUUCUAUCUGGUCCACGAUGACGCUGCAAGCUAAAAGGAAAUUUUGUUCUCUACAUGUCAAGUGGUAAAAUUGUGCAGGGAAUUGAAACUUCUAGAGUGGGUGCUCCAGUUUGUCAUUCUCCUUUUUGUUCCAGCACCUGAUUUCCUUCGGAUUCAAUGAUGCUUCCUUCCAUAUCUUCUUCAUUUUGCAGCUAAUGAACUGACAGAGAUUAUUGGAGAA